AUGGGCAUCGGAGGGGAGGCAGGUCAGGGAAUUGCCACGCCGGGCGACAUCUUCGCUCGCAUCAUUGUCCGUCGCGGGCUGCACCUCAGUACCUACAACGCCUACCAGUCCAUCAUCCGGGGCGGGCAUAUCUUUCUGACGCUCCGUAUCUGUGACGAAGAGAUCUUCACCCACGGUGACAAGCUGGAUCUCCUGCUGUGCCUGAACCAGGACACGAUGGACCGCCACCAGCGGCUGAUCGGCCCGGGGGGUCGUGUGCUCUACAACAGCGACAGCAUCACUCCCGGCGAGUCCAACGGGGCCGACCUCUGUGGCAUUCCCGUAGGGGAACUCACCCAGAGCCGCAACCGCCUCAUCCAGAAUACCGUGGCCAUGGGCGCGGUUACCUGUCUGAUGGGCGUAGAUUUCCAGGUGCUUCAGGAAAGCCUCGAGCUUCGCUUCUCCCGACAGGGCCAGCAGGUCGUAGACCAGAACGUGGAAGUGGCAAAGGCAGGGUUCGACUACGCCCAGUCCAACUUCCGCACCUUCGCACAGCCUCUACCAGAUGGCGGCAAGCCGCUGGCAGUGUGGUCGGGCAACGACGCGAUCGCGAUGGGUGGCGCUGCGGCCGGCGUGAAGUUCUACGCGGCAUACCCGAUGAGCCCCGCCUCCGGCAUCCUCCACUGGAUGGCCUCCAACGCCCGCAACCUGGGCAUCAUGGUGCGGCAGGUUGAGGACGAGAUCGGCGUUUCAAACAUGGUUAUCGGAGCGGCCCACACCGGUGUCCGCUCCAUGUGCGCUACCUCCGGCGGCGGUUUUGCCCUGAUGACCGAGGCUGUCGGCGCGGCAAGCAUGAUGGAGAUUCCUGCCGUCUAUAUCGAUGUGCAGCGUGCCGGCCCGUCCACGGGCGUGCCGACCAAGACCGAGCAGGGAGACUUGUGGCAGGUCCUCGGCGCCAGCCAGGGCGACUAUGAGCGCUUGAUUGCUGCCCCGUACAAUGCGCUGGACGCCUUCGACACGAUGCCUGAACUGUUCAACCUUACCGACAGGCUUCAGUGCCCUGGCAUACUGAUUUCCGACCUGCUCAUUUCCGAAGGUCGAUACAGCGUUGACCCAGACAGCAUUAAUAUGCAUCCGGUCAUCGACCGUGGCCAGAUGAUCUCGGAACCCGUGUCGCCAAACGGUUACAAGCGCUAUGAGAAUACGGACAGCGGUAUCUCUCCCCGAGCCGUUCCGGGCUUGGAGGGAUAUGUUCACGUGGUGGCCACCGACGAGCACGACGAGGACUCGACCCUGAUCAGCGACGAGUUCACCAACCCUCACAAGCGGCGCAUGAUGGUGGAAAAGCGCGGCCGCAAGAUGCAGGGCGCCUUGGCCAUGAUUGCCCCGCCGGAGUUGGAUGGCCCCGCCGAUGCGGAGGUCACCCUGGUGGGCUGGGGCUCCACCCAGGGAGCAAUCGAGGAGGCAAGGGGGCAGUUGGCAGAGCGGGGAGUAACCGCCAACCAGUUGUCCAUUAAGUGGAUCGUGCCUUUCCACGCCGACCACAUUCUGCAGAUCCUGAGCAGUGCGAAGAAGGUCAUCAUCGUGGAGAACAGCUACUCCGGGCAGUUCGCGCGGUACCUGCGCAGCGAGACCGGAUUCGCCGCCCACGGGCACAUCCGCAAAUACGACGGCGAGCCGUUCAUGCCCCACCACAUUGCCGAUGGCGUGAUGGAGCAGGUGGCGGAGAAAGUCAGCAGCUAUGUCCCAUACCAGGAAGUGAUGGUAUAG